AUUUAAAAAAUAGAAUCUUGCGUUUUGACGUAACAUCCGAACUGAGUGAUCACGUGAUUUUUCUGGCCAUUAUGUUUUUUUAGCUGCUGCAGUUGGAGGCUGUCACGAGCGUAACACCAGUAGCUUGUAGUAGGUUUUUAUUCAAAUGAAAUGGAUUUCAACGUGAAGAAACUAGCUACCGGUGCGGGACUGUUUUUUACACGAGCCGUACAGUACACGGGGGAGAAGUUGGGCCAGGCCGAGAAGACGGAGCUGGAUGCUCACUUUGAGAAUCUGAUGAGCCGUGCAGACUGCACCAAAAACUGGACAGAAAAAAUCUACAGGCAGACUGAAGUCAUGCUGCAGCCCAACCCAAGUGCCAGAAUCGAGGAGUUUCUCUAUGAAAAGUUUGACAUGAAGGCCCCGUCCAGGGAUACUAAUUCAGAGCUGCUGGGUCAAUAUAUGGAGGGUGCAGCACAGGAAUUUGGUCCUGGGACUCCAUAUGGGAGCACUUUGAUGAUGGUGGGGGACUGUGAGAAAAGAUUAGGAGCAGCAGAGAGGGAGUUCAUCCAGACGUCAGCCAUCAGCUUCCUCGCCCCACUCAGGAACUUUCUGGAUGGAGACUGGCGGACUAUUUCAAAAGAGCGCCGCCUGCUGGAGAAUCUGCGGCUGGAUCUGGAUGCUUGUAAAGCUCGUCUGAAGAAAGCUAAGAUGGCCGAGGCUAAAGCUACGUACGAGGGUGAAGUGGCCCCAGAUUUUAAUGAAACCAGACCUCGCAACUAUGUGCUUUCUGCCAGUGCUUCUGCGUUGUGGACUGAGGAAGUAGAGAAGGCUGAACAGGAUCUACGACUGGCCCAAACAGAGUUUGAUCGCCAAGCAGAGGUUACACAGCUGCUUUUAGAGGGCAUCAGCAGUACACAUGUGAAUCACUUGCGGUGCCUGCAUGAGUUUGUGGAGGCUCAGGCUGCGUAUUAUAAGCAGUGUCAUCUCCACAUGCAGGAGCUUCAGAAAGAGUUGGGAAGGCUUCCCAAUGCUUUUGCUCUGAACUCCACCCACCACAUGGUGCCUUCAGGCUMUGCAGCCGAAGGCGACAACAGCAGCCCGGUCGAUACAGACACACUGAAGAUCGAGGAAGUUCAGGCACCAGCAACAGGAACCCGUAAGGCCAAGGUCCUUUAUGAUUAUGAUGCAGCUGAUUCAAGCGAGCUCUCUCUUCUUGCUGAUGAGCUGAUCACAGUUUACACCGUGCUGGGGAUGGACUCUGACUGGCUGAUUGGAGAGAGAGGAAACCAGAAAGGAAAAGUUCCUGUGACAUACCUCGAGCUGCUCAGUUAGAAAACAUGCAUGUGUGAUUGAUUCCAACUGAAGCCACAAGGAUUUUUCUUUUCUUUCACUGGAUUGCUCACGGUUACACUAAUAUGACCACAAUAAGCACUAACAGCAGCUGAAUGCACACAUUUAUCCACCGUCAGAACACAGCAGUGGUCCCAGAGACAUUGUUCAGUGAGUGCAGGAGAAUCCCCGGCAGAGACGUGUGAUGCUUUUGGUGAAGUUAUUUUCAUUUUGCUGUCAUGUUUUUAUUGAUUAUAGUGUAACUCAAAGAUUCCAGCUGACCAGUUCUAUCCACAUUAUGCUACCUUAUUAUUCUUAGUGAUUUCAUAUUUUGUUUCUGUUUAAAGUCUUACCUGAGCUCUGAUGAAGAGUUGUAAAAAAAGUAUAUUUAUGUAUUUCUAUAUUUAUUUGUGCAUCGAGAAUGGAGACGUGAGCCUCUGUGUGUACCCGAAGGAAAGUUGGAGCAGCAGGACAGAUUAAAUAAUCUGAGCUCAUGUUGUCAGUUCUUUGAGGACAAUGGGUGAAAGAAGAAGUGAGUCGUUGUGUGGUCACAUCACACCACUCUGACGUAAUCAGUUCCAGUUCCUCCAGGCGUGGAGAGUAUGAAAAAUAUUUGUUUUGAUACAGUGCCAUCGCUGAAUGAAAGCCAACCUGCUGAAAUUCCAGGCUUUUAGGUAUCUGACAUGAUAAAAUGUUCUGAUGUCCAGAUUUUAAAAUAUUUAGUGUGCAAAAACACACAACAGUUUCCACCAUGUUGUGUUUUUACGAACAACAGGAAGUGUGUGAAGGUGCUCCCCAUUCAUUGUCCUAUCAUGACCUUUAACAUUUAAGCUGAUAAUAAUGCCUGUAGAGUCCGGGCAGGAGCUCCUUGUAGUCUGGGUUUUUUGUAACUUCCCUGGCACUGCACAGUCUGACCUUAGGGUGAACUCCUGACACAUCCACUCCUGGUAUAACUGUCAGCUGACCUAAAUGGUUUAACUUGUGAAAAAUCUUUCUCUAUAAAACUCCUGCUUUUGAAGAUCUGCUCACAUGGAGGAGGGUCACUUAAUCAAUACAUUGGACACAUUUCCCAUUGUUUCUUUCUUCUUUAAUGAAUAUUGGAGUCUGUUGUGUGUUUUUGUACAGCUGAUAUUAGAUUUGAAUACUUUUGAAACGUGGAAAACACCCAGUCAAAUUAUUACGUCUAAAUGAAAGAGGCUGGACUUUCUGUAGAUGAUAAAUAUCAGUCUUUCCCUUUUCCCAAAUUUCUAUGACAUGAACAAAUUUGCCAUCUUUUUUAUUUUCCUGAAAAGCUUGAGAUAAUUCAGACUUCUGCUGACUCUGUGGUGUUACUGCACAGUUUAAAACCAUCCAGAUGGACAACAUCUCAUAGGAGGUAGAUUUGCUUUAAUUGCUAAUGAAAUGAUCACUAUUAGAAAUGACUCUGGUUGCUUUAGGUUGUUGGGUUCGUUUGGUUUUUUUUUUUGUUUGUUUGUUUGUUUUUUGUUAUUUUUUGUUUAUUUUGAUAUCUUCACCCAGCGCUGCAAGUUCCCCUUUGAACACAGUAAACACCUGUUGAUCAAAUAAACUUAAUCGCUUCGUCCUGACUGCCUUAAGAUGAAGGGAGGGCCAGGCCGCCUGGUGGUGGUGGUGGUGAUGAUGAUGAUGAUUAUAUCAUCUUCACUCAUCAGCCAGCAUGCAGGACUGUAACCUGCUCUGAUUACAGCUGUGUCUGUGCACUUUGUGUCCUUUAGUGUCUGUUUCUUCAUGUUAAAGUGUUCUCAGGCUUAAUGCUGCAUGACUGUCCUGCUGCAAGUUUGUGUCUCUGUUUUUGUGGGUGUGCGUGUGUGGACAUGUUUUUUGCUACAUCGUGGGAACCAUUUUCCCAAAAAAGCAACCACGUGGGGGCCAAUGCCUGGACCCUGUGGGUACAAAUGCUAAUUACGGGUGGUGGGUUAGGUUUAGGACCAAGGUGUGAAUUGAGUUUAGGUUAGUUUUAGGGUCAGGUAGGUGUACCUGUGAGGUUAAUUUUAGGGUAAAUGUUCAGGGUUAGGAUAUAAAAUUUCCAAAAAUUGAAUGGAAGUCAAUCCACAGUCCCCACGGGUAUAUAAAAACCAGACUCUGUGUGUGCGUGUGUGUGCUCUCACUUCCAGGUUGUGUAAAUAAAUGCAUGAACAUGUUUUGAAGAUGUUUGACUUCAGGACUUCUGUCAGACAGAAAACACUUGAAUAAUAUUUGUUGUCAGAAGAAUGUAAUCCAGUGUGUUCUGCUAACAUCCCUUGUGCUGGUCUGACUUUUUUUAAACAAACGUUGUAAUGCUGAUGUACUCUCUGUUGUAUUAAGUUUCUGUUUUUUUGCCUGAACUUACAAAACAAACUAUGAUUUAAUAAAAUAUGUAAUUUAUUUGA